CCCCUCCCAUUGGCCGCGCCGCCUGCCCGUCCCGGGGCCCGUGGCAGCGCUUCAGGUCCUCGGGCGCCGGCGCUCGGUGGCGACGGCUGCUGGUAGCGGCGGCGGCGGCGGCUGCGCUGCACGGCGCGGACGGUGGACGCGCCUCUGGGGCCGGGCCAGGCCUUCGGGGAACCGGGACGAGGCAGGGCCGGGCCGGCGGCAGCCGGGGGACCGCGACGAUGACUCUGGAGUCCAUGAUGGCGUGUUGCCUGAGCGACGAGGUGAAGGAGUCGAAGCGCAUCAACGCGGAGAUCGAGAAACAGCUGCGGCGGGACAAGCGCGACGCCCGGCGCGAGCUUAAGCUGCUGCUACUUGGCACUGGCGAGAGCGGGAAGAGUACCUUCAUCAAGCAGAUGCGCAUCAUCCAUGGGGCCGGCUACUCGGAGGAGGACAAGCGCGGCUUCACCAAGCUGGUGUACCAGAACAUCUUCACCGCCAUGCAGGCCAUGGUGCGCGCCAUGGAGACGCUCAAGAUCCUCUACAAGUAUGAGCAGAACAAGGCCAAUGCACUCCUGAUCCGGGAGGUUGAUGUGGAGAAGGUCACGACUUUUGAGCACCAGUAUGUGAAUGCCAUCAAGACAUUGUGGAGUGACCCUGGUGUCCAGGAGUGUUAUGAUCGCAGGCGGGAGUUCCAGCUGUCUGACUCGGCUAAGUACUACUUGACAGACGUGGACCGCAUCGCCACAGUAGGCUACCUGCCCACCCAGCAGGAUGUGCUGCGGGUACGCGUGCCCACCACUGGCAUCAUCGAGUACCCGUUUGACCUGGAGAACAUCAUCUUCAGGAUGGUGGAUGUGGGCGGGCAGAGGUCAGAGCGCAGGAAGUGGAUCCAUUGCUUUGAGAACGUGACUUCCAUCAUGUUCUUGGUGGCACUAAGCGAGUAUGACCAAGUCCUAGUGGAGUCAGAUAAUGAGAACCGCAUGGAGGAGAGCAAGGCCCUGUUCCGCACAAUCAUCACCUACCCCUGGUUCCAGAACUCGUCUGUCAUUCUCUUCCUCAACAAGAAGGACCUUCUAGAAGACAAGAUCCUGCACUCACACUUGGUCGAUUACUUCCCUGAGUUCGAUGGGCCACAGAGGGAUGCACAGGCCGCACGCGAGUUCAUUCUGAAGAUGUUUGUGGACCUGAACCCUGACAGCGACAAGAUCAUCUACUCCCACUUCACAUGCGCCACUGACACCGAGAACAUCCGCUUUGUGUUCGCAGCUGUGAAGGACACCAUCUUGCAGCUGAACCUGAAGGAGUACAACCUGGUGUGACCACGGCAUGGCUGCCACCAGGGCCAGCUUCCUCCGCAUCCGGUCACCCAAACCGAGGGACCUGGGCACACGGGGGCUGGGGCACGUCUCUCUUCCCGCUCACUUCCUGUCCCUGUCCCUGUUCCUCAAGGGCAGAGUGGCCUCUUUUUGGCCUUGACUCAAUGUGGCUUGAGGUUUUUUUUUUUUUUUCCUAGAAAACAAAAA